GCUCGUCUGCCAAAGCCAGUUGAACCGAAGAUGUUUGGAGGGAUCAUCGACGAGUUGACGGGGAACAAGAAUGCGCAGCUCAAGGGCUCGGUGGUGCUCAUGCGCAAGAACGUCCUCGACGUCAACGACAUCGGCGCCACCGUCAUCGACAGCAUCACCGAGUUCCUCGGCCGCGGCGUCACCUGCCAGCUCAUCAGCUCCACCGUCGUCGAUCCCAACAACGGGAACCGCGGGAAGGUGGGCGCGGAGGCGAGCCUGGAGCAGUGGCUGCUGACCCCGCCGCCGCUGAUAAGCGGCGAGUCCAAGUUCGGCGUGACGUUCCAGUGGGAGGUGGAGAAGCACGGCGUGCCAGGCGCCAUCAUCGUGAAGAACAACCACACCUCCGAGUUCUUCCUCAAGACCAUCACCCUCGACAACGUUCCCGGCCGCGGCACCGUCGUCUUCGUCGCCAACUCCUGGGUCUACCCGCAGUACAAGUACCGUUACAACCGCGUCUUCUUCGCCAACGACACGUACCUGCCCAGCAAGAUGCCGGCGGCGCUGAAGCCUUACCGUGAUGACGAGCUCCGGAACCUGAGGGGCGACGACCAGCAGGGCCCGUACCAGGCGCACGACCGCGUCUACCGCUACGACGUGUACAACGACCUCGGCGAGCCCGACAGCGGCAACCCCCGCCCCACCCUCGGCGGCUCCAAGGACCACCCCUACCCGCGCCGCGGCCGCACCGGCCGGAAGCCCACCAAAACCGACCCCGACGCGGAGAGCAGGCUGACGCUGCUGGAAGACAUCUACGUGCCGCGCGACGAGCGGUUCGGGCACAUCAAGUCGGCGGACUUCCUCGGCUACUCGCUCAAGGCGCUCGUGGACGGCAUCGUGCCGGCCAUCCGUACCUAUGUCGACCUCUCGCCCGGCGAGUUCGACUCCUUCGCGGACAUCCUCAAGCUCUACGAGGGCGGGAUCAAGCUUCCCGACAUCCCCGCCCUCGAGGAGAUGCGCAAGCGCUUCCCGCUCCAGCUCGUCAAGGACCUCCUCCCCGUCGGCGGCGACUACCUCCUCAAGCUCCCCAUGCCGAAAAUCAUCAAAGAGGAUAAGAGAGCUUGGAUGACCGACGAUGAGUUCGCACGGGAGCUUCUCGCCGGAGUGAACCCCCUGAUGAUCAGGCGUCUCACGGAGUUCCCUCCGAGAAGCACUCUUGACCCGAGCAAGUACGGCGACCAGACGAGCACCAUCACUGAGGCGCACAUCGAGAAGAACCUCGAGGGCCUCACUGUGCAGGAGGCGCUGGACGGCAACCGGCUCUACUUCCUGGACCACCACGACCACUACAUGCCGUUCCUGAUCGAGAUCAACAACCUGGACGACAACUUCAUCUACGCCACCAGGACGCUGCUGUUCCUGCGCGGCGACGGCACGCUCGCGCCGCUGGCCAUCGAGCUGAGCCUGCCCGAGCUCCGUGACGGUGUCAUCGCCGCGAAGAGCGCGGUGUACACGCCCACGUCGACGACCGGCGCUGAGGCGUGGCUGUGGCACCUGGCCAAGGCCUACGUCAACGUGAACGACUACAACUGGCACCAGGGUAUCAGCCACUGGCUCAACACGCACGCCGUGAUGGAGCCGUUCGUGAUCGCGACGAACCGGCAGCUCAGCGUGACGCACCCGGUGCACAAGCUGCUGCUGCCGCACUACCGCGACACGAUGAACAUCAACGGCCUCGCGCGCCAGCAGCUCAUCAACGCCGGCGGCAUCUUCGAGAUGACCGUCUUCCCGCGCAAGUACGCGCUCGAGAUUUCCUCCAUCGUCUACAAGGACUGGAAGUUCACUGAGCAGGCCCUUCCCGAUGAUCUAAUCAAGAGAGGCAUGGCCGUGGAGGACCCGUCGAGCCCGUACAAGGUGCGGCUGCUGAUCGAGGACUACCCGUACGCGUCGGACGGGCUGGCGAUCUGGCACGCCAUCGAGAAGUGGGUGAUGGAGUACCUGGCCAUCUACUACCCCAACGACGGCAUGCUGCAGGCGGACGUGGAGCUGCAGGCAUGGUGGAAGGAGGUGCGCGAGGUCGGGCACGCCGACCUCAAGGACGAGGCCUGGUGGCCUGCGAUGCAGACGGUGGCGGAGCUAGGAAAGGCCUGCGCCACCAUCAUCUGGAUCGCGUCGGCGUUGCACGCGGCCGUCAACUUCGGGCAGUACCCGUACUGUGGGUACCACCCGAACCGGCCGUCCGUGAGCCGGCGGCCCAUGCCGGUGCCGGGCACCAAGGAGUACGAGGAGCUGGAGCGCGAUCCGGAGAAGGUGUUCAUUCGCACCAUCACCUGCCAGUUUCAGGCCAUCGUCGGCAUCUCGCUUCUGGAGAUCCUGUCAAGCCACUCCUCCGACGAGGUGUACCUCGGCCAGCGCGACACGCCGGAGUGGACGUCGGACGCCAAGGCGCAGGAGGCGUUCAAGCGGUUCGGCGCGCAUCUGACCGAGAUCGAGAAACGCGUGGUGGCCAUGAACGCGGACCCCCUGCUCAAGAACCGGAACGGCCCGGCCUUCCCCUACACGCUGCUCUACCCCAACACCUCCGACCGCAAGGGCGACAACGCCGGCAUCACCGCCAAGGGCAUCCCCAACAGCAUCUCCAUCUGAUCUGUCUGACGAGCCGGAUCAUACAUUGUAAGGCAAGCAAGAAGCAGUAUGUGGUGAUUCCAUUCCGUUCCGUUCCAUUUUCCAUGAAGUGUUUAACAAUAAAAGGCUUGUACGGGUGUGGCGUGUAUUGUGCGAUCGGCACCGAAGAGUUAUGUGCAACUACCAAUUGAUGUAUCGCCAAUUCGCCAUGUAAGAUUUCCUUUGGAUCUCCCAAUAAUGAAGUGAGCAUUAUAGUGUUCCCUCUGUAA